AUGAUACAAUCAAAUAAUAAUCAAUAUACAACGAGUGAAAGUGAUUCACAAGAUUUGGAGCUGAAGUUUGACAAUGACUAUAAUGAGACUGUACACCAAGGAUCUAUUCAAGAGGAAUUAGUUGGGUCUUUAACAUUUGGAAAAUGUUUCGAUUGUCCGAUUCUUCCAGGUGCGCUACCACCUACUCUAAAGUCAUUACGGUUCGGUGCUAACUAUAAUCAAGAGAUUAUAGAAGGAGUAUUGCCAGAGACACUUGAGAGUUUGAAGUUUGGUGACAGUUUUAAUAAACCAAUUAUGCUUGGAGUCUUACCUCAAUCUCUUAGAUCAAUAAUAUUCGGAAAGAACUUCAAUCAGCCUAUUGAAAUUGGAUCACUACCCGAGAGGUUAGAGUAUCUAGAGUUUUAUGAUGAUUUCAAUCAGCUAUUACUACCCGGUUGUCUACCAUCAUCGUUGAAAACUCUCAUCUUCUACUGGCAUUUCAACCAACCAAUUCACGUCAACGUACUUCCAGAGAAAUUGGAUUCUCUAACACUAGGACCAGACUACAAUCUACCAAUAGAAAAGGAUGUACUACCCAAGUCUCUAAGAGUUUUGAACUUUGGUUUAUAUUAUAAUCUGCCUAUUCUGCCAGGAAUUCUACCCAAUUCCAUUACCGAGUUGAGAUUCGAUUGGUUCUUUAAUCAACCUAUCUAUGAAUUACCUUCAUGUUUAGAGGUGUUAAGAUUGGAAAGAGACUACAAUAUUCCAUUACCAGUGUUGCCUCCAACUCUUAAAUCAUUGUCUUUGGGUACAGAGUUUGCCCAAGUAAUAGAACCAGGAAUUUUACCAGAGUCUUUGACAAAUCUAUCUUUUAGUGACAAAUACAACUAUCCAAUUCUUCCUGGAACAUUACCAAAAUCUUUAAUUAAACUUUAUUUUGGUCAUUACUUCAAUCAAGCAUUGGGGCCAGGUCUUUUGCCUGCAUCACUAGAAAUCCUGGCCUUAGGUGCAGAGUAUUCGCAUCCAAUUGUACCAGGAGUAUUUCCACCUUCACUUUAUAUAUUAAACUUCAAUACCAAGACCGAUAUUCCAAAGGGAGUAUUACCACAGUCUUUGAAAACUCUGGUAUAUUCAAGCACUUUUCCAAUUAUUUCGGGAUCGCUGCCUGAAUCUGUCGAAUCAAUAGAAUUUGGUUUUCAAUAUAAUCAUCCCAUCAAAAUAGGCGAUCUCCCAAACCGGUUGAAAUCGUUAAAGUUUAAUGAUAACUAUAUGCAAACCAUCCAUUUCGAUACACUACCUUCAUCACUAAAGUCAUUCAACAUAGGCAAGAAUACAUAUCAAGUGGACUCAUCUUCAAGAGGAGAGAUCCUAAGUCGCCCAAUUGAAUGUUCAAUUAAGAGUUAUGCUGCAGAAAGUUUUUUAAAUAUAGAGUUGCAUUUCAAAAACAUAACUAGUCAUAUAUUAGUUGUAAUAGUAACAUUUGGAAAUGAAUUGUUAGUUGAACAGGUUGGGGAAAAUACAAAUCAUGAACUAAAGCUAACUGGUUUGAAUAUAAACAACCAUGAUAUCAAUAUGGUAAUAUUGAAAAAUAAUGAUAAGUGGAUAUUGAAACGAUUACAAAUCUUAGCAACAAAAUCAGCAUAUCAUGUUAUCACAAUUAAUUCAGUGAAUAAUUAUAUAAGUAAUUUCCAACCUGAUUUGUUUUUCAAUGAAAAAACAUUCAUAAUUAAUUCCAAACUCUAUUAUUACAUCACCAAGUUUUCCCAAAGUUUAAAUGAAGUUUAUUUAGUUAUCUCUAAAGAUACAAAUAUGUUGUGUGCCUACAAAAUAAAUAAAUAUGAAGAUCGACCACCAAGUUAUUAUUCUAGGUUAGCUAAUGAAGUAAUAACAAUGACACUACUUUCAGGAAAACCAAAUUUUGUUCAAAUGGUUGAUAGUUUUGAUGAUGUAGAGAAUAAAAUCUAUCAUAUUUUGACAGAGUAUUGUAUUGGUGGUGAUCUAAACAAAUUAUUUAGGAUAAAAUCUGAAUCAAAAGAAAAAUACUUUUCAGAACCUGAAAUAUGGAAUUAUAUUUCACAAUUGUUUUAUAUUUUAAAAGAGUUGGAACACAUUGGAGUUAUACAUUGUGAUAUCAAACCGAUGAACAUAUUUAUCAAAAAUGGAAAUUUAGUAUUAGGUGAUUUUGGAUGUAGCACAUUCAACGAUAACAGUAAAGAAUUUAAAACAAUUGAUUGGGCAUCAGUACUGGCUGUUAAAGAUAAACCAUGCCUUGAAGCUGAACCAGAAUCACUCCCUUCCGUUUGUGACAUUGAAGAACCAAACUCUAUAGCCAAUGUAACUAGAGGAACCAAGGGUUAUAUUGCACCAGAGGCUAUUUUUAAAUAUUAUAGUCAUUCAUUUGAUAUAUAUUCUGUUGGGUCAACUAUUCUGAAGUUAUUAUCUUGUCACGAAAAAGAUAUAAACAAUCAUAUUCAAUUUAUAUCAGAUAGAAAUAAUAUUAUUAUUUCUUCUCAGAGAUAUUCAAAACAAUUAAUUGAUUUUGUGACAAGAAUGUUGGACAAACAACCUCAGAAUCGAGAAUCGUUUCAAACUAUUUUGGAUCAACAUGUUGAUUUCCAACAAACGAGUAUUAAAUACAAUAUUGAUGCACCGUUCCAUACAAGUUCUACUUUAAUUUCUGAAAUAUGUUUUGGCUCUAACUUCAAUCAAACAAUUGAGCCCAUCACAAUACCAUUCAGUGUAACAUCAGUAACACUCCUUUCAUAUAAAAAACCUUUAUUAAUAGGAGCACUACCUUCAACAUUAAAAUCUUUGAUUUUAGAAGAAAAUAUACACCAUCCACUACCUGGUGUUCUACCUUCAUCUUUGGAAAUUCUUAGAAUUGAUUCUGGCCCAAUCGUAUACAGUUACUUUCCAAAAACUCUUAAAGUUUUAACUCUUGGUUCUCUCUUUAAUUUCCCAUUACAUAAAGAUAUGUUACCUCAAUCUUUGCAAUCAUUAGAGUUUGGAUAUUCUUUUGAUCAACCAAUGGAGGAUGGAGUCCUACCAAAUAAACUCCAAUCUCUGAAACUUGGCUUUUCAUUCAAAAGUCACUUGAUCCUCCCAAGUUCAUUAGAGUAUAUUGAGUUUAACAAUAAUUACCAAAUUGAUGAUGGAUUAUUGCCAGAUACCAUUACACAUAUUGUUGGUCUGAACUGUCCAUUAAAGCCAGGUUUACUUCCUAAAUGUUUAGAAAUUUUGGAGUUUGGAUAUUCAUUCAAUCAAGAAUUAGAACAAGCUGUUUUGCCAGAGAGUUUGAAAUCAUUAAGAGCUAUGGGCCAAGUAGUUAUAUUGAUAUCUGGUAGGAACAAUGAAGAUGAACUAUUUGAAUCAAUCUUGCAACUUAAUUAUUUCAAUUCAAAGAAAAAAUGUCUUCCUGGUUCAUACGAAGUCGAUUUUGAAUAUACCUAUUCAUUCAAAUCACAUCCAGAUGUCGAAGAUACCUACCAGGCUAUAUCAUUUGACUCUUAUGAAUUCUUUGUUUUGGCAAAAUAUAUCAACUCGAAUGAAUGGGAUGAUACUAAGAGUUAUUUAGUUCAAUCUAAACAAGAUUUUAAAUUGUAUGUUUACGAAACAACCAAUUAUUUAGAAGCCAACAACCAGAAUUGUUUACUUAGACUAAGAAAUGAAUGUAGAGCAAUAACAAAAUUCCAUAAAGUACCAAGAUUUAUACAACACAUUCUUUUAAUCGAUGAUACUGAAGCUGGAACAAUGCAUCUGUUCAAAGAAUAUUAUGUUGGUAGAAAUUUAGAAUAUUUAAUAGAAUCGAGAGCACUAAAGUAUGUAUUAUUUGAAACUAAACUAACUUCAAACAUCAAAUUAACAUUUUUUCAAUUAUGGAGGAAUGAACAUAUCAAAGAAGAAGAAAUUAGACAUAUAAUUCCACAGAUUUUUGAUAUAUUGGCUUUGUUGGAAGCUCAUGGUGUUACUCAUGCUGAUAUCAACAUUUCAAACCUAUAUAUUAAGGGUCAAGGUUUGGUGCUAGAUGGUUUUAAAAAUUGUUCAUUUUUAGAGGAUAUCCCUCAGGCUGAGAACAUUAAAUUCGAUCAUUCAUAUGCUAUCUAUUCAUUUUCUUUAGUUCUUUGCAAACUUAUGUCUUUUGAUAUAGAUUCAGAAGGAAUUCAUAAAUCAAAACAUUACUAUUCAGAUCAAUUGGUGAAUUUUGUACAAUUAAUGUUUCAAAAAUACCAAGAAAUGAAUUACAAUUCUUUUUUGAUAGAAUGGAAAGGAAUUUCAAGUUGA